AUGGUGCAUCCUUUACCAAAUGAUCUUCCCUUUCGGAUUGUCUCCAAGACCGUGGGUCGAGGAGCAUAUGCCUCUAUCAAGAAAGCCAUUCCACUCGAAACAACAACACCAAUAUUCGCCGUCAAGCUUAUUCACAAAGGCUACGCUACUAAACAUGGUCGCAUCUCAGCCAAGCAGCUUGCCAUGGAGGUGUCUCUUCAUUCACAUAUCGGCCAGCAUCCCAACAUCAUUGAGUGGUUUGCUUCGGGCGAAGACGAUAUAUGGCGAUGGAUUGCCAUGGAGUACGCAGAAGGCGGUGAUCUCUUCGACAAGAUUGAGGCUGAUGUCGGCGUGCGAGAGGAUAUCGCUCAAGUCUACUUUGUUCAACUCAUCAGCGGCGUGAGCUUCAUGCACUCCAAGGGCGUGGCACAUCGUGACCUCAAGCCGGAGAAUAUCCUUCUCUCAUCCGACGGAUCUUUAAAACUUGCCGAUUUUGGAAUGGCUACCAUGUUUGAGUACAAGGGCCAACGAAAGCUGAGCUCAACAUUAUGUGGCAGCCCCCCCUAUAUUGCCCCCGAGAUCCUCGCCUGCGGACGUGGAGACAAGAAGGCACCGGAUGCUGCCAAGUACUCCCCAGACCUGGUUGAUGUAUGGUCUUGUGGUGUCAUUCUGUUCGUCUUGCUCAUUGGUAACACACCCUGGGAUGAGCCCUCACCGGGAAGCUGGGAGUUCCAAGAAUACGUUCGCACAUCUGGUCGAAGUACCGACGCACUUUGGGGAAGGAUACCCGCGGAAGCUCUUUCGUUACUCCGAGGAAUGAUGAGCAUUGACGCUUCAAAACGAUUUAACUUCACCCAAGUACGCCAACAUCCCUGGUAUACGAGACAUAACGCUCUCCUUAGUGCGGACGGUCGAGUCACAGAUCCCAUCAACCUGGCGACGCAGAUGUUGGAGAACCUCCGCAUCGACUUUACUCAUCAGCCAACAUCGCAGCCUUCUUCCAGCGACAAUAUGGACCUCGACACUGGUUUAAAUGCUGGAAAGUUCUCCUCCACCCAACCCGAGACGCCCAUCGCCGACAAGGAAUGGGAUUGGGAACGCACACCACUCAAGUCCGUGGCUUCUCCAGCAUCCUCAUUACCGCAUUCUCGUCGCGCCAUGAUUGAUAUCCUCGCUGAUGAGCCUUCCAUGUCGCAAUUCUCGCAAACUCCCGGCCCCUCCAUGACUCUUACCCAGCAAGCCCGUCGAUUUCGUGAUAUCUGCCCCCCAGAAUCUCUCACCCGUUUCUUCUCUGCUGUCCCGCCGGCUCAUAUCGUCCAAAUGCUCAGUGAUGCUCUCCAUCACCUCAACAUUCCAUCAGCACCUGUUUCACCAAAUCUGUACGGCAGUCCGGUCGCGCACAUGAAAGUCAGAGCUUUAGAUGGACGCCAGCAGAAUCUCCAUGGUGAGAUUCAGAUCGACCGACAACCUCUACAAGACGACACCGAGAUUCUCGAUAUACGCUUCGUCAAGGUUAAAGGAGACCCUCUUGAAUGGAGACGGUUCUUCAAGAAGGUAGUUGUUUUGUGUAAGGACGGAGUCUACAUCCCAGAAUCUUAG